CUAGGCUAGUCUAACUGGGGGCCUAUUCUGAAAAAAAAUUACAAUUACAAAACACGAAAAAUUACAACUAAUUAUCGGAAUAGGCCCCCUGUGUCUUCUUCCUCAUUUCAAAGUCUCAGAAUAUAUAAAAUACAAUAGUAUAUCUCUGCUAAUAUAGUUUGGGAACAAAAUCAUUAUAUCCUUGACAAAGAAUUUUCUCUUCUUCAAAAUACGAAAAAUUACAACUAAUUAUUGGAAUAGGCCCCCUGUGUCUUCUUCCUCAUUUCAAAGUCUCAGAAUAUAUAUAAUACAAUAGUAUAUCUCUGCUAAUAUAGUUUGGGAACAAAAUCAUUAUAUCCUUGACAAAGAAUUUUCUCUUCUUCAAAAUACGAAAAAUUACAACUAAUUAUUGGAAUAGGCCCCCUGUGUCUUCUUCCUCAUUUCAAAGUCUCAGAAUAUAUAUAAUACAAUAGUAUAUCUCUGCUAAUAUAGUUUGGGAACAAAAUCAUUAUAUCCUUGACAAAGAAUUUUCUCUUCUUCAAAAUACGAAAAAUUACAACUAAUUAUUGGAAUAGGCCCCCUGUGUCUUCUUCCUCAUUUCAAAGUCUCAGAAUAUAUAUAAUACAAUAGUAUAUCUCUGCUAAUAUAGUUUGUGAACAAAAUCAUUAUAUCCUUGACAAAGAAUUUUCUCUUAUUCAAAACACGAAAAAUUACAACUAAUUAUUGGCAAAUUAUUUGAAGAGCAAUGGGUGAAAACGAUAGUGGAUUGGACAAUGAAGAAGAAACAAAGGAUUAUGUUGCAGCAAUUAGAUUCUAUAUUGAUACAAACAAAGUGCAUUUCAUAUCUACUUCAAAAAUACAGAAAUUUGAUAUCACUCAUAAAAAAUUUCCAUAUGAUGCAAAUGUGGAAAAUGGAUUGGAUCCUGAAGGAGAAAUUAUUUUUGAACCUGCUAUCAUUUUAGAUGUGUCGGAUGACAAGAAUAAUCUGAUGAAUAAAGAAAAAAGAUGGUUGAAGCCUACAAAAAGGCGCAGUGUUGUACUAUACGAGUUAGCUAAAAAGGCUGAAAAGGCUGACAAAUCAAAAAAAAGUACAAAACCUGUUCUUUCAUUGAACUCUACAGAUAAAGACGUACCUCCUUCUAUAAAUUAUGCUAACGAUAAUGUGCAUAAAAAGCUUUUGUUUACUAACAAUUUGGAAUUUGAUGAUGAUGAAGAUAAGGAUCAAAUUAUUGAAAAUCUUCGAAAUCAACUCAAAGAGCUACAAGACAAAAAUAAGUCAGCAAAGAGUGCUAUGCCCGUUGAAGUCAGAAACAAUGAGAGUAGUCCGAGAGGCAAGCAUUCCGUACCAGUUUGCUCUGAAACUAUUGUAAAUCCCUGUACAGUUGUUUUAACCAAAGCAUUAGAAGCUGAAGGGCAUUCCGGGAAUAAUAUGCAAUUAUCUAUUAAAUCACCUCCAUCCAAAUGUUUUGCAAGAGCGUCUACAUCACGUUUUGUCGAGAAAGAACAUUAUUAUUCAGACGAAGAAAACGUAAAAGUUCAAAAGAAAAAUCGAGCUCAAUAUUCAGGAUUGAAAAGAAAAGCCUCAAGAUCAAUACACAAUCAAACAUCAGAAACAGCUACUUCAUCAAACAGUUUAAAGCCCUCUUUUCAUGAAGAUAUGGACAACAUUAUCGAAUAUAAAGAAGCAAUUCCAAAAAAGAUGUCCAAAGAGAAAUCUAAACGAGAAUUUAGAUUGAGAACUGAAAAAAAUGAAUCAAAAUUUAUUCGUAAGGAAGUUAAAAAAGAUGCUGCUGGCAACAAAAAUGCUGAUGCUAACAAGAAGUAUAAAAGAAAGAUUAAAAAGAUACAAUAUGAUACCGAUGAUUAUACUAAAUCUGAUUUAAUACAGAGAGAGAAAUUGACUACUUGGGAAAAAGGAGCAACUGAUGGGCAGCCUAAAAUGACCAUGUUUCAUUUACAUUACGGUGUAUCUAUUCCACGAAAAGCUUGGAGAAAGGCUAAAAAAGCGUCGUCCAGCUACAAGUUUAUCCGUGAACUGUACCCACACUUGUGGAAACUACAUGAAUUUGUUAAGCUGGCUGUACAAAUUGAUAGAACAAAAGAUACGAAUGGUAGAGAACCAAUAGACUCUAGACUCUUUGAAGCUCUCAAAAAAAGUUAUGUACAAUAUUUAUUCCAUAAAGAAAUUAUCACACAAGAAAUGUCAACAAAACAACAAGCAAAGCACAUUAACAAAUUUGGACGAUUUUUUGGAACUGUCAUUGCUCAAGAAAGAGAAAAGUUCUUUAGAAUAAACAGUCGACAGGAUUCUGGAGAUGAUUUAUCUGAGAGUGGGGACCUAGAAGUACAAAAUGAAGAAGAAAACAAAUCUGAAAAUGAUGAUUGGUCAGGCAAUGAAGCUUCUGAAGAUGAAGAUGAUUAAGUUAUAUUAUUGACGAUUAUAAUUUUUUGUUCUGUUUUUUACUAAACUAUUUCUUUUAUUUAUAGUAUUUAUUACUUAGCUUUAACUUGAUACAAUUUUAUUUGUAAUAGGUAUAAGAAUUCAAUGUCUUCCUAGAAGUAAUGUUUUAAUUUAAGUAUUAACUAAAAACGUUUUAAGAGUUUAUUAAUAUAUCUUACAUUACGAUUACCUUAAUUUGCAAUAAUUUGCCUUUGCAAUAUUAUUCAUGAAUCAUUCUAAACUUGUGCAUGUAAUGUAUUUAAAAUUGCUUUCGUUGCAAGAUAACUUUUCUUACGAUAAUUAGAAUAAAUAUUUCAUAUAUUGUUUAAAAAUAUUUUUGAAAAUAUGUAUUUUAUUAUAAUAAAAUAAAUAAUAUUUCGUAUCAGCAAAUAACAUCAUUAAAUGGAAUAAAGUAAAGACCCAGGGCAGCUGUGGGCAUAAAAAAAUUAAAAAUAACGUUAUUGGAUCGUCACAAUAACGUUAUUUCUAAAACUUAUGGUGAAAAAUAACGUUAUCACUUAAAAUAACGUUAAGUCCUAGAAAUAACGUUAUUGAAUCAGCACAAUAACGUUAUUUCUGUAAAUUUUACGGGGGUAAAAAUGACGUAUAAAUGAUUAAUAACGUUAAAUUCUGGGAUAACGCAAACAAUAACGUUAUUUUGGAAAUUUUAACGGGGAUGCAAAUAACGUUAUUUCAUUUUAAAAAUGACAUUCUUCGCAGACAAUUACGUUAUUUUGUUGAGAAAUAACGUUAUCGCAUUCAGUACAAUUUUGAUUUUGGUAAAGAAAAUGACGUUAUUUUGAGAAAUAACGUUAUUUCAUUCGGCGCGAGGUUUAGAAAAAUAACGUUAUUUUUGUUCC